AUGCCAACAGUCUUACUCCCAUCUUCGGCCGCUGCUUUUGCGCCGCGAUCAUCCCCGAAUGUCGUGUUGAACACCAAGGUUGAGCCUUGGUUGACAGCCACCCUAAAGCGAGUUAACCGAGUCAAGCGUCCUUUGAACAAUGUCACCCAGCAUACCCGGUGUCUGACAGAAACACUUUCAUCGAAGAAUGCCAUCUGGACCCUGUGUUCAAUGAUGUUCACCAAAGCCCCCCAAACAGAGUUAGAGAAGAACGAGAAUCAUCUCUGGGAAGCCCUGCACAACCACCAAAUGAUACACAUGGAGGCCUACGUUGUACACGUCGACAUGGUCUCCCGUAACGAGGUGGCCUUCAAGUUGACUCCGGAAACCAUCGAAUCCCUAGUUGAUUUCCACAAGGAGGUCUACUCAGUGGAUGCUGCCGCCAAUACAUACAACUGGUCGGGAAAGCACGGUGAGCUGAAGAGAUUACAGGAGGAGUUUGUCCAAGCCGCCAACAAAUUCGUCUACCGCGCCAAUGCCCAGGCACUUGAGGGACUAGAAGAAGACGGCGCCGGAGAGCUACUGAGUGGUCGCAGCGAAGAAGCAAAGGCAGCCAUCGGCAAGCUCUUUGUCCCACUGGUUGCCCCUUCACCACCAGUGGUGGAUGUCAUGCGCCCAAUGCCUAUUCUGCCUAGUUCGACAGGCCCAGAAAACUGGUGGCAGAACCCGGUACCCCAGCCAGCGCCACUCGAGUCGUGGAAAGUACUGUCGCCCAGCCCCAACCCGGCCACCACGGGUGAUUCUAAUCCGAAUCUUUGGGCUAGUUUCAGUGAUGCCCAACUUGCAUCGCCGACCCCAUCUUACAGCCAACCCUUUACACCCUCGCCGUUCCAGACCUACGACUGCCUGCCGACCUGCAUGCCGACGACAUCGGCUGCUAUCAGUCCGCUCCCGUUGCCGACCAUGUUCCCAAGUAUGUUCCCCAGCAUGCUUGUACAGCCCUGCAGCACGGCUGUCAACAUGGGUAUGGGGGGCUUUAGCUGGGGUGACUUUGCUCCGCUGCCGUAUGGCACGAUCGCGUAG